UUAUCGAAAAGUCACUGGAGCUAAAGCUAAAGUUUCAUCUAGCUUUCCAUUCUUGAAUUUUAAAACAGAAUUUUGUUUAAAACACUGUCUGUUUUUUUCUCGACGUUUAAAACACUGCUUUAAACGUUUCAAACAUACGGUGAUGUUUUAAACUGACAACACUGAAAAUUAUCAAAUUAUAGUGUUAUCAUCCGUAUGGGAAACGUAUUUGUCCCUCAAGUUAAUUUUUUAACGAAUUUCUGAAUCAAAAAUCUGUUUGUAUUUUGAAGUGUUUUAUUCGUUUUCCUGGUGUUUUUCGAACAACUUUUUAAAAAAUUAUACAUUUUUGAAAUUCUGUUCAGGUAAUUUUGUAACCGUGACGUUUUUGGCGAGGAAGGAGGUAGUAUUUCAUCCAAGAUCUUUCUUUCUAGUCUUGACGAAGCAAUUUAUUAAAUUUGGAACAGUUCUAAUGGAAAUGGAAGUUCAACAUCACCAAGAAGUGGAAAUGACCCAAGUCUUGUCAGAAUUGUACGAUAUUUUCCAUCCGACUCCGGUACCACUGAAACAACUAUCAGCAAUCGCCAUUAGCCUACAAAUAUGGCGCUAUAAAGUGAAUGAAUAUCGCAUAGGUGGAAAGUUGAAAGAAUUUGACCCAUGCAGCCUACGAAAAGAUAAUACCUGGAUGAAAACUAUGCUUCCUGAUUUACCGUCCUCGGUUUACAAGACGAUCGAAGAAGUUAUCUCAAGAUUCGGACAUUCGAUGGAAUUUUGGCGAAUUGAGCAUUAUGAAAGAGGAUUUUGUUUUCAAUACAGUGAUGAGAACCAUGUUUUAGAAGACUUCGAUGAUUUUUCUUGCGAUUAUGAUGGCUCUAUUGAUUACGCGAGGACAGCCGAACGUAUGAUGCGUUGUGAACGAUUCAAUUCGAAAAUGAAGUUUACAGUCGCUUGUAUGUAUUUCUUCGAAAACGAUAUAAGACGAGUUUGGCCAUCUGUAUCGAGAAACAUGAACUUAGAUGGUAUUAAUUCUUACGAAUGCCCACAACUGUACUAUUGGGAUUGCCUUCUCACGAAUAAAUUACACCUUAUACCAACCGGGACGAAUGCAUUUCUUGAUGAAAGAGUUUUCAGGAUGUGCAUGCCUUGUAAUAGACCUUCGGUCGAGUAUUUUUGGAAUCGUGUACCUGUGGAAAAACAAGUACAAAGAGCUGUUGCCCAGCUUAAUGGUUAUGAUUUCGUUAGAUUCAUUUUACCAAAACUGAAUGAUCAGCAGCUCGAUGAAUUCGUCAACAACACAGAUGUUCAUGACUUGUAUAAAGUGUUUAUAAGUCUUCAUUGCGAUGAAUGGGUUGUCCUGAGAACUUGGUACUACAUUAGGAACAUAAUAAAGGAAAGUAAUUUUACUAAUUUGAUCAUUCGUAUGUUUGCAUACGAGUAUAAUGUAAGAGAUAAAUACUUUGACCGGGAAAAGUGGCCAUAUUUGAGUUGUCAGAUAUGGAAUCAUGCAACGCCUAAUUUAAAACGAUCGGUGAUCGUCAGAGUUAUUUCGUCGGACAGUAGCUGGUUCAAUGGUAUCCGUAUGGCAGCCAAUUAUUCUGAUUAUAAUAAGGUAAACGUCGAGUUGUUAUUGACUACUCUACAAGAUGCAUCUUUGAAAGAAAGAAACUUAUUCUGGCGUAAUUGUUGGGAUCGUUUAGUCGACGAAACACUAGUAGGCGAAGAUUUGCAACGAGUAAUAGAAUUGUGCUUUGAGAACGAAGAUGAGAUCAAUCAGUUCAAGCAGAACGUUCUGGUUAAAAGCGAAGAUUUCUUUAAAUUGUGUGUAAGAUUAUUGGAAUGUGCGCUGUUCAAAAAAUUGAAUUCCUUAGUGCGUUUCUGUUGUCCCGAAUCGCCAGCAGCGUGUAACUUCAGGGAACAAGUACUGCAAUCGGUGUUUCUCGAUGGACAUUGGAAUCUCACCGGUAAGCAUGUCCAUAAAGUCGAUGAAUUUAAUGACUUUGUUAAAGAUGUUUCUAGCAAUUUUAAAAAUCGGUUCAUUUCGUCGCCUUCGUUUAUGGAGCAGUUAUUAUUCCUUUUAUCCAAUGAAUUCCAACAUGUUUAUUCGCAUAUGAUCAUCAAAUUUAUCGACACCCUUGUUACAACAGAAGAUACCGUAAUGCAAGCCAAAAUGAAUCUGAUUGAUGCGUUGAAAGCGUAUUUGAAGAAGUAUACAUGUAAGCGUGGCGAUACAUUUCGUGACCUUGAGUUCGACUCGAUUUUAUUGUGGUGCUUGGGAAGUAAUGAAAGAGUUGAAGAAUUCAGACUAAACUGCGCUGCGUUGUAGAGCCAGAUGGCAACAAAAAUCAAGUCGGAGAAUUUGUGAGUUUUUAUUCUAAAUAAUUACGAGUUAUCAAGUAUGUACUUAUGUUAUAGGUUUUCUACGCAGGUAGGGUGCCUAUGUUGAGAAUUUUCAUAAGAUUUUCGAAGAUGUGAAAGGAUUUUACUGUUAAGUUAUUGUGUAUUCAGGCACCUUUUACACCUUUUACUAGUAGCUAUUUUCGAGUUUCAGGUAGUUAAUGAUUUUUUGACAUACAAUUGAAUGUUCAGGUGACCAAAUCAUCAACUGUAACGAUUUUUUUAUAAAAUUUGUAGUAGUACAAUUAUGUUGUUUUGAAUGUUGAGUAGUUGAUUCGAGCUAUUUCAGUCAAAUUCAGACAGUUUUUGCUAAUUUUAUUUUUUUUCUCAUUUUUGUUUUCGAAAUGAGAUUCUAAUAGGUAAUUUAAUGAAGUUCUGAAUUUUUUUUCCGAAUAAUUUGUGAGUGGUGUGUGUGUGCUUUCCAAUAUUUUCGAAGAGAAUCAAUUUUCAACGAAUUUUCAAAAUUUUCGUUGCUAUUUUGGUGACUUGUUUCACAAUAAGUACUUAUACGACGAGUAUUUCAUUUAUUUAUGUAAGUUCUUGGUCAAUUAUUUUCGAUUUUUGUUUAUUUCAUAAUCAGAAGUUCUCGGAGAAUUUGUUAUUUUGAAGAGAAGUUGUAUUUUAGAUUUAUUUUAUUUUUAUUACCCACGCUAGUAUUUUUUAUGAUUUGAUUUACCUAUCAAGUAUUCUCAACUAUUUUGAUUGGGUUAUGAAUUCUUGUAUCUCAAAUAUCUGUAUUAGAUCAUAAAUAUACCUAUUAAAAUGAAAUUUCUUGUGAUGU